AUGUUUUUGAACUUCACUAACGCUUUAACCACUACAAUGCAAGACUUACCACCUAUUGGAGGCUACGAUCCUAUUCAAUGGAAGAGAAACUUACCACUGAGAGGUUUUAGAGCCUCGAUAUACUUCUGGGGUAUAUUUGGAGUAAUGUCGUUUGGUUUCUACAGAUACUAUCUUGGAGUAAGCGAACAAAGAGAGCUAACAAGGGAGAAAAGAUGGGCAAGAUUCCACCUUGAACCAUUAUUAUUAGCAGAGGACGACAGAAACACGGCUCGACGCUACUUUGCCGAAGUCGAGAGAAGGAAGCUUAUUAGAGAAAGUGCUACCGAUCCUAAAGUUAUCGAGGAGCUCGACAAAGAGGUGUAUAACGACAAAUCCAAGUUUAGAUUUCCAAAGUACACUGCUGGAAUUGACUCCAAGGAUAUUUGA